ACCAGUGUCCCCGUCCCCCCGGGGCAGAUGGCGGCGGCCAUGGGCUCGGGGCUGGCGGUGGCGGAGGCGGCAGGGGGCGCGCGGCUGCUGUACUGGGCGGCGGCGGCGGCGGGCGCCCUGCUCGUGGCGCUGGGGGCAGCCUCUGUCCUGCGCCCGCUGGCCGCGGCCCUGGGCAGGUGGCGGCAGCUGCGGGUGGUGCCGGGGAUCAGCCCCUGCUACCCGCUGCUGGGCAACGCGCUGCUCUUCGAGCCCAAGGGGGAAGAUUUCUUUAAACAAAUAAUCUUCCAUUUUGAACAACUCAAGAAUGAACCGUUGGUAAAACUUUGGAUAGGACCAUUGCCUUUUCUGCUUUGUUUUCACCCUGAGAAUGUGGAGAUUAUUCUGAGCAGUUCAAAGCACAUAGAUAAAUCCUUUGCAUACAAGUUUCUUCAUCCAUGGCUUGGCACAGGACUUUUAACAAGCACUGGAGAUAAGUGGCGUACCAGGAGAAAAAUGAUAACACCCACCUUCCACUUCACAAUUUUGAAUGAUUUUCUAGAAGUCAUGAAUGAACAGGCCAAUGUUUUGGCAGAUAAAUUUGAAAAAUGUGUUGACAAAGAACCGUUUAAUUGUUUUCUAGACAUCACACUGUGUGCCUUGGAUAUAAUCUGUGAAACUGCAAUGGGCAAGAACAUUGGUGCACAGAACAACAAGGAUUCUGAAUAUGUCCGUGCUAUUUAUAAGAUGAGUGAUGUCAUUCAUCAUAGACAGAAGUCUCCUUGGCUUUGGCCUGAAUUUUUAUACCCUAUGUUUCAAGAAGGAAGGGAACAUAACAGAAGUCUCAGGAUCCUUCACAAUUUUACAGAUAAGGUUAUUAAGGAAAAGGCUUGUGAGCAAAACAAUUGUGAAGAAAGUAAAUGUGACUUUGAUGGCAGCUGUGAACAACGUGGGUCAAAAAAGCGGAGAGCUUUCCUUGACAUGCUUUUGAAUGCAACCAAUGAUGAUGGGAGUAAACUGAGCUAUGCAGACAUUCGAGAGGAAGUGGACACUUUUAUGUUUGAGGGGCAUGAUACAACAGCUGCUGCUAUGAGCUGGGUCAUGUACUUACUGGGAUGUUAUCCAGAAGCCCAGAAGAAAGUGGAUAUGGAAUUGGAUGAAGUGUUUGGUGACUCUGACCGUCAUGUUACAAUGGAGGAUUUGAAGAAACUACGGUAUCUUGAGUGUGUUGUUAAGGAAGCCCUUCGUCUUUUCCCUUCAGUGCCAUUCUUUGCCCGGACCUUGAGUCAAGAUUCCUGGAUUAAUGGAUAUAAGGUACCAAAGGGUGUGGAUAUAAUCGUUUCUCCUUAUGCACUGCACAGAGAACAAGACGUUUUCCCAGAGCCUGAGGAAUUCAGGCCUGAGCGAUUCUUCCCUGAGAACUGUAUUGGAAGACACCCCUAUGCAUAUGUGCCCUUCUCUGCUGGACCUAGAAACUGCAUUGGCCAGCGUUUUGCACUGAUGGAAGAGAAAACUGUCAUCGCAACCCUUUUACGCCGAUUUUGGGUAGAAGCAAAUCAAAAGAGAGAAGAGCUUGGCUUGGUGGCAGAACUGAUUCUUCGUCCAACUAAUGGCAUCUGGAUUCAGUUGAAGAGGAGAACAGCUUACAUAUCAUGAGAAAAAAGUUUCAAGAGCUUAGAUUCCCAAAUGUAUACUAACGGCAUCCUUAUCUCACUUCUCUCACUUCUUUGAUCAAAUGCCUAGACACAAAAAGGAUUUUAUAGACUUUAAAUAUAUGAAAAAUAUUUCAGAACCUCUAUUUCUUUUCUAAUGUGAUAUUCAAAAUCACGCUCAGAAUAUAAUCAUUCUGCCCCAUUCAAAUGUCAAGGUGUCAGUGCACUGGCAGUUGAACAUGAUACUGUCUUAAUACCUAGUAUUUUGGCUCCUUACAUUUUUCAUAGAAACCAUUUUGAAAUGGUCAGUCUUCCAGAUGCAGUAUAGAUCUGGAAGUGAAUUCAUUUUUAAUCUGUCUAUUAUGUGCCUUCUUAAUACCAUGUAGUGUAUAUACAGAAUCUCAUGUAAAAUGUCACAUAAAAAGCAAUGGGGAAAUCCCUGUAGACUGUAACAAGGACUGCAGUCUUAUCAGAAGAUGAUACAUGUUAGCAAGUUUUGUCUUCCAUUAAGCAUUAAGUGUGUACUGGCAUUAAGUACAUUUUCAGUGGGCAUGUCUACAUGAGACACCGUGUAGUAGCUUAAUAACACUGAGCAAUAACAUGCUGGUAAAAAAACAUGCUAAUAAGCUACUGUGCAGUGUUAUUAGGCUGCUGCGCAGUAACCAUCACAAAAAACCAUGUGCAGGUGCUACUGCGUAGUAACUAGUUACUGUUCAUUUUGUUAGUACUUCAUUAAGCAAGUAAUAAACUAAAUACACAGUAACUACUGCGCAUUAAUGAACAUGUAGAUGCAUCCAGUAAAUACGUUUUUUUUUAGCUUCUAACUCCUUAGGGCCUGUAACUGGGUCUGUAAUUAGCACUCUGUUGGUAGUUUUUGAACUCUGUGCAAUUUCCCCAUUUCCAAUAGUUGUUUAAAAACAAGAGACCUAUUCAGUCAGAUCUUUUGAGACAGGGAUUGGCAAUAUUUUUGAGUGAUGGGCUGCUGUGUAUGACCAGGCUGCUUAUCACCUCAUCAGCAUGGACCUCUGGCCCCUCUGUAGCACCCACUCUAUGGCAGCCAGGCUGCCUUUGACUGCCUCCAUUGUUCAAUCACUUCUGCCUCCACGUGCACUAUGCACCACUGAUUUCUGUCCCCAACAGCAGUGGCAAGAAGCAAAUUUGGCAGUGAUGGUGUGUACUGAUUGCUGUAGUGGAUGAGGGGACAGAUGCUGUAGGGGGGAAUUGGCUGCACGGCAUGGGGCAGACAAGAGGGUGCACCAGGCUCAGUUGUGUAUCAGCACUCCCCAGUUCAGCCAUGGGCUAGAUCCAAGCACUUUGUGGGCUGGAUCCCAUGAACUACAGGUUGUAAAGUACUGUUUUAAAGGAAUAGCAUAUAAGCAGGACAGUUCAGUGGAGAUUUAGGAUCCAUAAUGAGCUGUCCACAAACUGCCUUUGUUCAUGCUCUAUCCUUGUUGCAAUAGUGUACACUUCGGUGCAAAAGGAAUACAUUACUUUGGAUUAGCUUUCAGUUACUGCAGAAUACAAGUGCAUCCACAGGCACUUGCAAGGAACACGUGCCCUACUGUAAAGGGACCCCUGGUCUCUUUUACCUUGUAACAGCUUGGUUAUGCACUCAUUCACCAAAAUUCUUGAAGGCAAACAAUCUGUCCUACUGAUUAACAAAUAUUUACUAUAAACCUUUACUGUAUUGCAUCCCUCUUUGUUAUGGAUGCUAAACUUUCUGUUCCACACACAGCAUCACAUGGAAUGCAUACAUUAUUCUAGUUCAGUUUGUCUCACUAAUUAUAGUUUUACUAUCUGCAUCCUGCAAUAGUUGUAGAUGUGACAGCGUGUUUUCUUAGUUUUACAUGUUAAAAAUGUCUUCUUAUCUUUCACUUGGUUGGCCACUGAUAUUUCAUAGAUUUCUUUAGCUUCUCUUAUUAAUCAGCUACAUUUUAAAAUGAUGAUUUAUAUUCAAUGCAGCUUAUUAUUACUUUUUCAGUAAUUAAUGAUCAUUGGUGCCUUCACAUGACCUAACAGAAUGUUUUUUUCUGAUCACAAUUGUGUGUACAGAAUUGGGGUUUUUUUGAGUAUUCAGGAGAAUAUCCUUAAAUAAUAUUCACUUGUAAAUAUUAAUGAAAAAUGUAUAUUGCCAAAUAGUUACAUCAAGAAUUCCUUUAAACUUUUUAAAACGGGACUUUUUAAAACUCUAAAUACAUGUUGUGACAGCUGCUUUGAAAUCCUAAAGCAUGCAACAACUAUGAUGUAAAGAUAUGGACAUAAUGGAGCCAUGGAAUAUUCAGAGAUUAUUGUACUGACUUUAUAAAUAUUAUGUGCAGCUUUA